AUGGGUCUUUCUCACCAUUGGGUUAAGCUUAUAAAUCAAUGUGUCUCCACUGUUUCCUAUUUUGUUCUACUCAAUGGUAUCCCUACUGGUGUUUUCAAACCUGAAAGAGGUUUAAGACAGGGUGAUCCUCUUUCCCCUUACCUCUACAUAAUAUGUUCUGAAGCUCUAUCUUCUUAUAUUGAUAAUCUUCAAAAAGAAAAAAGGGAAAUAAAUUUUGAAAAGUCUGGUAUUCUGUUUAGUAGAAAAAUCCCUGAACAUAGGAGGGUUCUUUUGGCCAAUAUCUUAGAUAUCCAAAAUAGGGAUCUGGGAGAAAAAUAUCUGGGAACUCCUACUGUUUUUCAAGCAUCAAAAAUCCAAACCCACAUGGGUAUUCUCCAAGCUUUUGAUGCUAGAAUUACUGUCUGGCUUCACAAGCUGUUAUCCCAGGCUGUUACAACUACUCUUAUCAAACAUAUUGGCCAGGCUAUUCCUCUCUUCCAAAUGGGUGCCUUUCUUAUUCCUAAACACCUCUAUAAACAGAUGGACUCUCAUCUCUGUAAGUUCUGGUGGGGUAAAAAUUUAGACCCAAAAGAUAGGAAACUGCAUCUGCUUGGCUGGGACAACCUUUGCUCCCCCAAGGCAGAAGGUGGUUUGGGUUUUAGAAAGGCUGAAUUAAACAAUCUAGCUAUGCUAGCUAGAAAUGCUUGGAGAAUUAUUGAAAAUCCUGAUUGCUUGUUAGCUACUGUUCUCAAGGCCAAGUAUUUCCCAAGAACUGAUUUCUUGAAUGCUAAGUGCACUGAUAAGUGUUCUUGGACCUGGAGGUGCUUACAUGCCAUAAAAGAACUGAUUAAGGCUUUUAUUUCUUGGAUUGUGGGGAUGGUCAAUUUAUUGAUUCCUGGGUAUGUGAUGCGGGAUUUCUCAAAGAAAGCUUCCUUUUGUGCCUCCUUAGUCUUUGAAGUUCAUUUUGCUGAAGAAGCUGAAGCCAGAGCCAUCUGGCCAGUUCUGAAGUAA